UAUUGGAGAAACCCUGGGGCGAGUGUUCUUUGUUCUUUGUUUCUUCGCGGUGAUCAAUCAAUCGGCGGCACCGCAGCAGCGCGAUGGCGUGGUGGAAGGCAUUCACCAAGCCCAAGGAGGAGGAGAGCUCCAGCGCUCCCUCGGAUCACAGCGGCGCCGCGGAGAUUUCCUGUCCAAAAUCCGAGAGCGGCGGCGUCGUCUCGUCGACCGUGCAUGCUGUCCAGGACGCCACCACCGUCGCAACUGAUGCCGCAGAGAAAGUAACUGAGGCUGUGGCAGCAGUGGGCGCAGAGCAGCGCGAGGCGAUUCGAAUGGAGAACCGAGAGAUUUGGGGGAGGAUCAAAGAGGGCGACACGCUAUGGGGUCUAAGCGAGAAGUACUUGGGCGAUGCAACCAAGUGGCCUCAUCUCCACGCGGCUUGCCGGAAAGAACUCGGCCCCGAUCCACUGCGACUCCUCCCAGGUACUCACAUCACCGAGGCAUGCAUCGCCAGAGCUCGCGAAUCCAGUCGGAAGAGCAGGAACUGAAGAUCACAGCACCAGCAAAAACGAUGAUAGAAGAAAAGAAUUCGCUGCCAGCACUAGCAGCAGCCUUGGGUCGAUCGAUCGAUCUAAGCGCCCAUGGAUUUGGAUUGGAAGAAGCGAGCUUUCUACUACUAGCUAUGGUUUUGUAGAGAAGAAAAGGAUUUUCCGGUGUGUGUACUUUGUUUGAUAUAUAAGACAAUGGGUUUUCUCCUGCCA